UAUCGACAUCAUCGACAUUAUCCAUGUCGUCAACCAAUUGAAAUAUAGCGCGCUUGUUUGGCCGUAUUGGAAUUGUACAGAGUGCGAAGUUUACUUUGACGCCGGAAAAGAUCUAAUUGGUUUCAUGGUUGUAUUUACAUACAUGUUUCUUUGAAUAAAUUAUUCUUAUUGUACUCCAUAUGGGUGAAACAUAUUUGUUACAACCAUUCAACGACAAUAUCAAUGGAGUACAUCAGACAGCAGAAGAAAUGGAUGCUAUUCGGCAAAGGAAUGUGGCAUAUGAAUAUCUGUGCCACUUGGAGGAAGCAAAAAAGUGGAUGGAAGCUGUGUUGAAAGAAGAACUGCCCACAACAACAGAAUUAGAAGAAAACUUACGGAAUGGUGUAUUUUUGGCCAGACUUGGAAAUAUUGUAGCUCCUGGAACAGUGCCAUUGACCAAGAUUUACGACAUCGAUCAGAAGCUAUUCAGAGCAGUUGGUUUGCAGUUCCGACACACUGACAACAUUAACUAUUGGCUCAAGUCAUUAGAAGCUGUCUCGCUGCCAACAACUUUCCAUCCCGAAACAACAGAUGUCUAUGAUAAAAAGAAUAUGCCUCGGGUGAUAUACUGUCUCCACGCAUUAAGCACACAUCUCUUCAAGUUGGGCAAAGCCCCUAUGAUCCAAGAUCUCUAUGGGAAGGUUAAUUUUACAGAUGAAGAAAUCAAUGCUGUGGGGUUAGAGUUGAAGAAGUAUGGAAUCCAGAUGCCAGCUUUUCGGAAGAUUGGUGGACUACUAGCUAAUGAAUUAGGAGCUGACACAGCAGUUCUUCACGCAGCCAUUAUAGCAAUCAAUGAAGCGAUUGACAGAAAGGAUCCCUCAGAAAUUUUGAAGUGUCUUAGUAAUCCAGCUGCAAGAUUACAACAUUUAUACCCUCCGUAUGCUGCAUUCUAUCAAGAGGAUAUGAAAAAUGCUAAACUUAAUAAAGCUGAAGAAACUUUUAACAGG